CAUUUCCUGUGCCUGCAGAUAAUUCCGACGUUCAUUUCCUGUUGAAAAUUUAUACAAAAUAAUAAGGUGAAAAAUUUGUGUGAAAAAGGUGUUUACAUGUGAAAAAAAUGCUUCUAACGGACAAGGAAUGUCCAAAAUAAUGUGCCAUGGAUCAGGAUAAAUCGGUGACACAGGAGUGCUACGAAUUCCUAGAUCUGUCUGAUGUCAAUGAUACCGAAAGAAGUCAACUUGCAACAACACUAUAUCCAGGUGAAAAGCAACAGCAACAAGCACACUUAUCUUGGGUGCAGAAUCUGCCGCAGCAUCAUCAGCACGCAUUUAGUGCAGCAGGUAGUGUCCAGCAGAGAUUACCGCAGCAACAGUCACAGCAUCCGGAACAAGAAGAGGGUGUUUGCCAAAGGGAAGUCGACCAUGAUCCAACGGUGAUCAAUAGUUGGAAUGAGACUCCUUAUGGGCAAGCCACGGCUUCGCCAUUGGUACGCAGUUUGAUGCCGCGUUUGAUACCACCAUUGGCGGCAGCGGCGGCGCUCCCCAUUUAUGCUAUUGUCAAACCCACUUUGGCUCCCCUGGCAGCUGUGCCAUUGAGCAUGCCGGCCGUUGCGGGUGCUGCAGUGAAUGGCAAUACGUACGAUAAGACACCAUCUGAGACAGAAACAGAAUCGUCCGUGACGACAGACUACACGGAAUUUGCGCAUCAGCAACAUCAGACCCAUCAGCAGUCGUCAAAUAUCGAAAUGUCACCACAUUCGCAUCAUCAGAAUCAAACACAGCACCACACGCAGGGAUCAGCGGCCGGGCAGCAGCAGCAUCAGGGCCCAGGGAUGCAGCAAACUCCUGGGGCACAGCAGCAACAUUCAAGUGUUGCUGCAUCAAUGUAUUCAGCUGGAGGAAGUCAAAUUGGGCAGCCAACGUACAUGACACAGGGGUCGCAUGUGUAUCAGAUGGUGCAGCCACCGAUGCCCAACAAUGUCUAUGUGAGCAAUGUAAUUGCAAAUUUAAAUUUUCACAACAUGAGUGCACAGAUGCCGCAGCCCUUUAUGCCGUCUGCUGGACCACCGACUGCCUUCAUACCCAAUGACAUGCAGGGGCAAUCAAUGGUAGCAGCUCCCACGUCGCAUGAUGCCGUGCCAACACUCGUCCAUCCGCCACCACCGCUAACGGGGACGCGGAUGAGCGGUGGAUCACGGAGGGGUCGUGGAAAUAAAUCUGGUGGAUCGCAUAGACGUGGCGGCGGUGGUGGGGAUUAUGUGUCGCGGCAAUCGCAGGAGCAGCAACGGCAGGAGCAGCAGCACAGACAGCAGCAGCAGCAGCAACAACAGCAACAGCAGGGUAGUGGUGGACCACCGGAGAUGAUGCAACAUAUGAUUGAUCCGCAACAAGUUAUGGGUACACCGGGGUAUGCACCGCAAAUCUACUACAACUACCCAAAUUACUAUCCAGCACACAAUAUUAUGCCACACCCAGCGACACAACAUGCCACGGGGCCACCGUUGUAUCUGCAGAAUCCCAUGCAAAUGUACUCGGGGGCCCAUCAAAUGGCCUAUGGGCAUCCGCCUGGGAUGUUUAUGUACCCCCCGGCAAUGAUGUCGCCCGAAUAUGCCGUAAUUGACGAUAAGGGUGACGAUCAGAGUGUAAUGAGUGAUGGGGGGAGUGUUGUGGGGCAAAUGUGGUCACCGCAAAUGCAAAUGGACUACACGAUGGAACCCAAUUUGGGUGGGCCACAGGGUCAGGAGGAAUACAUUGUGCAGCCGGAUAUGAUGGAGGAUCCCACUGGGCUAAUGAUACCACCAAUGAUUUCCCCACAACAACCACCACCACCACCACCAAAUCCCCAGACAAGUCAUCAUGUGCUUAAUCCAGAUGUGGCGAAUUUUAUGACAAUGAAACAACAAAUGGAACAACAGCAGGCACAACAAGCCGAUCAAAUUGUGCAGCAGCAGCAACAACAGCAAAUGAUGCCAACUGAAUAUUUGCAAAAUGCACAAACAAAUCAAGCUAUAGCAAAUACAAUGACACACACAACACCAAUUACAACAAAUUCACUGCCAAUAUCAGUGGUAAAUGCUGUUCCAAUAGAAGAAGAAAAUCCCGAUACAGCAACACCGCAAAACAUCAUCACCGCAUCAUUGCCACAAGCUGCGGAUAUUGUGGAAGAAUGUGAGAUUCCACGAGAAAUUCCAUCUGUGCAGCAUCUAGUGGAGCAACAUAAGGAUUUGGUGGAGGAAAUUGUUGUUGCAACAGAAAAAGUACAUAUACCAGCUGCAACUGUUGCCCCAGUUCCCAUAUCCAUUGUUGAUUCAAUGUCACAGCAACAAUCGGACACUGUAAGCAGCAGCAGCAAAGAAGUUCAGUCAUCAGUAACAGCAACCAGUAGUAACAAUCCCAGUACAAUCAUUAUUAAUACCAGCAAAUGCACCAAAAGUAGUGCAACAAGCAGUGUGAUAUACACAGAAAAUGCCAACAGCAACAACAACAACAAUAAUGUUGUGAAAUCAAAAGAAUUCGACGAUGGAAGUCGUGUUGCUAAAAUAGCAACAAAUGAUAAGCUUAUGCUUAAAAAUGAACGCGGACAGAAGCCACCGGCGUGGAGUAAAAAGAGUACAACGAGUGUUUCAGUGACAGCACUUCCACCAUCGACACCAAUUACAACGUCACAGACAGCCAAUAUUACUGAUACCACCACUAAGCAGCAGCAGCAGCAACAGAUUAAAGUGACUCCACCGCCAUUUGCCAGUCAGAAAACAUCUCCAAAGGUUUUGUUCACAACACAAGUGACAAAGGGGAUAGAAAAUGAGGGAAAGUUAUUAAAUCAAAAUGAAAAUGUAGCUUCAGUUGCUGCAUGUAUGGAUAAGAAGACUGAAGGAGCGAUGUUGUUGAAUAAAACCGUACAGGCAAUCCCCAUGCAGCAUCAUUUGACGACAUUUGAGUCAAAGCAAGUGGAAGUUCUUCCGCAAAUUCAGGAAAAGACAGUGGGAGUUGUGUCCAAUGAGAAUGUGGUUGAUGUUGUUGGGAAAGUAACGGCAAAUGGUACAACAUCGGAUGGUGGAAGUGUUGCUGCGGAGCGUGUAGUGAAAGCAGAAGUAAGUCCGAGUGCAACAUUGCCACCUCUUGCACCAUCAACAGCACCACCACCGAGUAAAUCGUGGGCUAGUCUCUUCUCAUCGGACAGCAGUUCGUCAGCAUUGGGCAGUGGUGGGCAUACAACGAAUAAGAAACCCGUGGCAAAGGUACCACCAUUUGAACCGACUCCUUCACUUCCAAUUGGUGGACUAUCCUAUUCAGCUGCUUCGGCACUUGGGCUGCCUGCUGCUGCACAAGUUGCGGCAACAGAGACGACAAAAGUUGCUGCACUCACAGCUAAAUCAACCAAAUCAACUGUUGAUGAUCGAUGCUACAAAUUAGGAGAAUUUUUGUCAAAAUAUCAAAUUGACAACAGCAGUGUCAUCCUGUGCCCGCGUGGUCUUACAAACAGAUCAAAUUUCUGCUAUAUCAAUGCAAUUCUUCAGGCACUCGUUGCAUGUCCACCAUUUUAUCAUAUGAUGAAGAAAUUGCCCCUAGAACCGCCGGCAUUCCGUCAAAAGAGCUCAACACCCAUUAUUGAUGCAAUGGUGGAGCUUGUGUCGGAAUUUUCGACAAUGCCCCCAGGUGCACGUUUGGGGAAGCGCGAAAAGGGCUCAAAGUCAAAGGAUGAGAUUGAUUUAAUGUGUGAUAUGGCAUUUGAACCAACAGUCAUACAUAAAAUGCUAAGUAGUAGUCGAUCGGAAUUCCACGUUGAAGGGCGCCAAGAGGAUGCAGAAGAAUUCCUAGGAUUCAUUCUAAAUGGGCUAAAUGAUGAAAUGCUGGAGUUGAUUAAACUGGUGGAUAAGCAACCAAAUAUAUCAAAUGGGGAACAAGCAAAUGGUGAAGUGCAGUCUGAGGAAGGUGGUGGUGAUGAUUGGCAAGUGAUUUAUGGGAAUCGAAAUAAAGGAACAGUUACGCGAACAACUGAUUUUGGAAGGACACCCAUAAGUGAUAUUUUUGGUGGUCAACUCAGGUCUCGCGUACAACGCGAGGGUGAUCACUCAACGGAUGUUAUUCAGCCAUUUUUUACGCUCCAACUUGACAUUGAGAAAGCCGAAUCCGUGAAGGAGGCACUUGAAAUUCUAGUCGUAAAGGAUCAAUUGGAGGGUGUUACAUGUUCAAAGACAAAUCAGGAGGUUGCUGCAUGGCAACAGGUGACAUUGGAGAAAUUGCCUGUUGUUUUGAUUCUUCAUCUCAAAUGGUUCGACUAUAAGAUGGAUAGUUGUACGAAAAUUCUCAAAACUGUUGAGUUCCCAAUUGAACUAAGAGUUGAUACAAAAAUUCUCUCAUCAAAGAAAUGCGUGCCGAAACAGAGACAAUACAAACUCUUUGCCGUUGUUUACCAUGAUGGUAAGGAAGCGUCCAAAGGACACUACAUAACGGAUGUUUUCAACAUUGGAUACGCAUCGUGGAUUCGCUAUGACGACAGCACUGUACGUUCAGUGUCAGAGCAUACAGUACUUCAUCCACAUUUACCCAAGGUUCCCUACUUGCUCUACUAUAGGCGUUGUGAUACAAUAGGACCACAGGGGCAGUCAACAUCGACUGUUAAGUAAAUCUUUGCGUGUCUCUCUGGCAAAAAAAAACAACUUUGUACAUCUUUACGCAUCCCAUAGACUAAAAUUUAAAUAUAUAUACAUAUUAUGUAAAUAUUACUUUAUUUUCUCGUUUUUUUUUAUUUUUAACAAUUACACCCUCUUGUGAAUAAAUGAAGUAGGAAAGCAUCAAAUUGGUUACUAUCUCAUGUAAUCAAUAAGUUUUUUUUUAACAAUUAUCUUUUUUUUUUUUUAAAUUCAUUUGUUAUUAAGUAAAUUAGACAUAGUGCGUGAGAAAUUAAAAGAAAAAAAAGAAAUAUUUACGACUUCUCACGCACAUAGGUAGGAGAACGAAUAUAGAAUACCACUGAAAAAUCCUAAAAAAAAUGAACACUUAUAAAAAACAUUUAUUAUUUUUAAAUUAAAAAAAAAAUAGUCUGUAACUGCAUUAUGGGAAAUGUUUAUUUUGUUGAUUUUUUUCUUGCAUUGAAUUACAAAUUUUUGGAAUCAAAUUGGAAACCAACUAAUCAACAAAUCAAAGAAAGCAAAAUUAGGGUGGAUCUAGAGAAGAAAGAUUCUGAUGCUUUAUGGGUAUGGGUCAAACUAAGAAAAAAAAAUUCUUCAAUGAAAAAAAAUCAUUUAUUGUGUAAAUAAGAGAAUUCUUUAAAUAAAAAAAAAAUAAUAAAUAGAAUGAACAGGACUCUGUAAAUAUAAAAGACUAUUAAACAAAAAAAACUUUAGAUAUUUCGCAGAUUUUUUAUAUGCAUUGUUACUCAAUAUUGAAUCUAUAAAAUAUAUGAUUGAAAGAAUAAAUAGAAGAAUGAAUGGAUUAAUGAAGCACAUCGGAUAUGGAUAUGUACCUAUAUAUUGUAUUUAAAUAAAAAAAAAAGAAGAAAAGUUAUCUAAUAAUUUACUGAAAGAUGAAUAAAUGAGCAAAGUUUUCUUUUUUUUUUUAAGAACUUGUACUAAUAAAAAACAAAAAAUAAAAUAUUUAUUAUUAUUUUAAUUUUAGAUUCAUGGUUUAAUAUUAAUAUUGUUUUUUUUUUUAAUUAAUAUGUAACCUUUUUCAUUGAAAUACUAUUUAAACUAGUCCUGUAGUUUCGCGAGGCAUGACAUGAAUAUGAAUGUGAAGAAAGUAGUAGAAUACUGAAGUAAAUGCUUAAUAAAUUAUGUACAGUUUUAUAGAAAUUACUAACUACUUUUAAUAAUUAUUAAAACUUUUUUUUUCUUUUCAAAACAUUUUUAAUUUUUUUUUCUAAAAAUGAAGUAGAAGUUUUCUUGGGAGGAAUAAAAAAAACUAUGAGAUAUGAUAAAAUAUAUAGGAAUUUAGGAUUUUUUUGGAAAAAAAAAGAUAUUGGAAAUAAAAUUCAAGUCUCAUAUUCAUUUUUCUUUAGUCUCGCAAAUCUACAAAAAAUAUCAUAUUUACUGUUUAGGAAUGAUUAUGUUUUGUUUUAUAAUUAAACGCUGCUACUUCGAAUCUUUUUUUUUAAUUAUGCUGUUUUUAUGUAUUGAUAAAUAUUUUUUUGGGAAAAGAGUUCAUUUUUAAGAAAAAGAAAAUGAUUUUAUUAAUCGUCGUUAAACUGAGCGUUAUGAAUUUAAUAAAAAAGAAUCGGUCGAUUUUGUUUAAUAUCUGUUCUUUUCUACAAACUUUAAAAGUUUUUUUUUAAUGAUUUUAACAAAUUGAUGUUUUUUUUUAAUUGUUUUAUUGUAGUUCCACAAAUAGGAAAUGUACUGGUAAGCUGACCAAGCUUACGGGAGCUGUGUUUCUUUCAGUGUACCAAUUUUGUGAGAGCAAACUAGAACGCGAAUUAAUUUAAAUACGCGCAAAGUCGGGGAAAGUUGAAAAGUCAUACCCUAAGAAAUGUUUGGAAGGCCAUAUCUCGAGAACGGAUCCAUAGAUUUUUAUAAAUUUUUUUUUGUUUGAAAGGUCUUGAAGUCAGCUAUAACAUAUCGAAAAAUGAAAAAAAUUUUUGUCGCCAUUUUCGAAAAAUUCGAGUUCGAAAUUUUCGAAAACUUUGUUUUUGACUUUAGCGCCUCUUGCGGUCAUUUCUCGAAGUUGCAAUGUUCUAGACAUUUGUAGGGUUUCUUGAAACCUUUCAUUUGCACUUAAGUUGAUCAAGAUCGGACUUGUAGAACCCGAGAUAUGACAUGCCAACUUUGGAAGGCUAUAUCUCGAGAACGGCGACAUAGAUUUUCUUCAUUUUUGGCAUGAAGCUAGAUAAUAUAGUCAGCUAUAACAUAUCAAAAAAUGAAGCAAAUCGAUAAUGGCGUUUUCGAGAUAUUCAUCGAAAACUAAUCGAAAAUUUUGUUUUUGAUUUUUGGCCCCCUAGCGGUCACUUUUGAAACUUCGGAUGUUCUAGAGAGUUGUAGGGUUUGUUGAGAUCUUUCAUUUGAGCCCGGGUUGAUCAAAAUCGGUCAAGCCGUUUUCGAGUUAUGGUCGAUUUUCGAUGAAAAAUUGUGGCGGCCAUAUUGACUAAACGGCUUGACCGAUUUUCGAAAAUGAGGUAUCGUUGGAAAGCUCUUGAUGGCCCCUAUAACAUAUCAAAAUUUCAGCCCUCUAGCUAUAAUAGGGGCUGAGAUAUAGCGAAAACAAAAUUUGGGGGUUAUUCAAAAUGGCGGACGGGGGGGUGGGGGGUUGGAUUUGACCUCAUAAUCGGAUUUCUUCAGGUCGAUAUUUAAACUUUGCCGUUUACCGCAAGUCUCUAUCUAUCACCGUUCUCUUGCAAUUUAAGUUUAUAAUCCGGCCGGACGGCCGGACGGCCGGCCGGCCGGAAAAAAUUUUUUUUGGCGCAUACGUUUUUUGGAAUGUGGGGACCCUAAUUCGUGCUCAUCCCAAGUUUGAGCCCGAUCUGACGACUUUCGAUUUUGCUCGGUACACAAAAGCUGUGUCUGAAAGAAACACAGCUAAAACAAAAGAAUUUGAUUUUCCUGGAAAUAUUCUGAAAUAUCUUCAAAGAGAACCAUUGAAAAGUAAUUUUCUUCUUAAAAGACAAUUAAAGAAAGAAGGAAACUGUUAACAUAUGAUAAGAUUUUUCACGAAUUAUAAGAAAAGAAUUUUUUUAGCAGAAUCGACCGAUAUUUCUUAAUUUUUCUGAUAGUAAAAAUCACUAUAAAAUACAGGAAUUAGAUACUUGUUUAUUUACUCUUAACAACAAAUUAUAAAAACAAUUUUUUCUUUAAAUAUAUCAGAAAAGCUUUUAUUUUAUUUUUCACGAUAUGAUUUGUCUCAAAAACGAACAGCAUAAUGGGUUAUCGGUGAAACAAAAACAAUUCAAGGAUAGGAAGAGUAUUUAUGAAAGAAGAAAAAAAAACGAAUAAAUAAAAUGAACAGAGACAUUAAGGCUGUGUAUAUUUUAAUUUUUCUCCGCAAAGUAUAAUAAAAAAAAAUGAAAGAAAGAAAAAUUGGGGAGAAGGAUGAAUAAAAAAAAUCGAUAAAUCAACAAAGAAUGAAAGAUUUUGUAUAUUUGGAAUUUAUGUACAUAAAUUAGGAUUAAUUUAUAAUUAAUUAUUAUUGUGAGAACUGAAGAAUGGAAUAGAAUGUGAAGGAUACACAUAAAGAUAAGAAUGUGUUUCUACCUAAACUUUUAAGGUGAAUAAUCAUAAUAAUAUAAUAAAGAAAAAAAGAUUUAUGAUUAAUCAAAUAUUGCAAAAAAAACUUGUAGGUAAUGUGAAUAUAGAACACUUCAAUGAGUCAUUUACAAUAAAAUAAAAUUUAAAAAAAUUGAAUAAAAAAGAAUAACAACAAAAUAAGUUCUUGUUUAUUGUAUUUUUUCAAUUAUAAUACAUUUUAAUAUAUAUAUUUUUGUAAAACUAACUUAAUGUGUAAGAUAUAGGUGAAUAAUGAUACAUUAUAUACAAAAAUAUAUAUACAUAUGCGUAAUAGGAAUUUUAUAUAAAUUAAAAAAAAAGAAUAAUACAAUAAAAAAUAUUCUAUGGAAAUAUAGAAAGAUAGGAAACAAAGAAAUAUGUAUAAAGUUCUGAUUUUUUUUCACAUAAAUGGUCAUUAGAUUUGUAGCAGAAACAACAUUAAAAAAAUAUAUUCGAAAAAAUGCUUUUUUGCAAGAAUUUUAGAGAACUUCAUUUGGAAACUCAAAAAAAAGAAA